AUGUUAUGUUUGGUACCACAUAAUUUUGCCAAAAUAGUUGUCAUUGUUGGUAUAUUAGUUCUAUUAGCUGAUUUUGUUUAUUUCAUUCUUGUACCGAAAAAUCUUCAAAUAAGAUUUCCAUCAACAAAUGGAUCAAUGUCAAUUCUUGAUUUUCACCUUUCUACCUGCUUUUAUACAACAUUAACUGCCGGUAUCACAAGUUUAAUCUACGGUGGAAUAUUGUUAAUUUUACAAGCAAAAUCAUUGUAUACAUUAAAAACUUUUAUCACUUGUCAUGCUGAUAAGCAUUGUUGUAAAAUGAUGAAAUGUGAAAAUAAUACAAUGCUAUCACUUACGCCACCAGAUUCAACAUCAACAAUUCCAAAUGAAGCAGCAACAAUUAGUUUAAUUCGACAAAAUGUAUUUACCGAAAUGUUUUCAUCGCUACCGGAAAGAUUUUAG